CACAAGCUAGAGAACGCACAACAAUACAUGUUUUCUUUUGGGUAGUUAAGACUCUCUCUUUUUAGGUUUUUCAUUCAUAUAAAUAGCAAAGAGUACAUGAAGCAAAGAAAUAGAAAGUGGAGCAUCAACUCCUAACAAACAUGAAUGAGAAACGUGACACGAGGAUUGGCCUAUAGUCAAGGAAGACCGCUUCUCUUAUUAAUGAAACUAGAAAAUAUAAAUAAGUCGUGAGACUCUUUCAUGCGAGAUACUUGCCGUUUGGUUAACGUCGUCUAGAUGAUCUCCUACUUGCCACCUAAGCCUGGCUUCUAGCUAGUAUCCUAUCAUUAGAGGAUGCGUCCCAAAGAAGCUAAUCGUGUAUGCAUCCAAAUACACUCACGAGUUCGAAGACAGUCACGGCUUUGGUUGGAAGUACGACACCGAGCCUUCUCAUGAUUGGAGUACACUGAUCGCCAACAAGAACGCUGAGCUGCAGCGCCUGACUGCUAUCUAUAAAUGUCCAUAGAUGUUCCGUUGAUGUCCAAAGAUGGUUUGCAUCUAUUUGUAAGAAUUAAGAUUGUAAGAACAUCUUUGAAAGUUUUUGGGUGGUCUGAUUUCAUCAGUUGUUUUUGUUUUGUAGAUAUGUAUGUGUCAGAGCAUCAAUGUCUAAAGUCGUUGUUUCCUUCCAAAUAUCCAAAUGAAGUAUUGCCAACUGCCAAGUUAGUAAUAUGAAGCACCUGCAUGGGUCCUACACUUGCUCGCGACACCGCAAAAGCAAAACACGAACUCGCCACGUUAUCACAAAAGCAAAGCCACGUCACACCAUCUCACUGUCAACGACACUUACUACUAUUACUAUACUAUUUCCCGUUUCACAUUGCCUAUCUAUUUUGAUAAACCCAAAGCUGCCUCCUUAAUUUCUUUACCAACAGCAACCAUAUAAACAUAAAGCAGAAAUAAAAGGAAAAAAAGAAAGAGAGAAAAAAAUGGAGGACAAAAACAAUAACACUACCAGCACGAACACUAACGUGAUCGCACCAUUCGUUGCCAAAACAUAUCAGAUGGUCAACGAUCCUUCGACCGAUUGGCUCAUCACCUGGGGACCUGCCCACAACAGCUUCAUCGUCGCUGACCCUCUCGAUUUCUCUCAACGCAUCUUGCCUGCUUAUUUCAAACACAACAACUUCAGCAGCUUCGUUCGUCAGCUCAACACCUACGGUUUCAGGAAAGUGGAUCCCGACCGGUGGGAGUUCGCGAACGAGCAUUUCCUCAGAGGUCAGAAGCACCUGCUCAAGAACAUAACGCGUAGGAAACACGCGCGUGGGAUGAUGGAUGUGGAGGACGGCGAGAUCGUGAAGGAGAUCGAGCGGCUGAGAGACGAGCAGAGGGAGCUUGAGCUGGAGAUUCAGAGGAUGAACCAAAGGAUCGAGGCGACGGAGAAGAGGCCGGAGCAGAUGAUGGCGUUUCUCUACAAGGUCGUUGAUGAUCCCGACCUCCUCCCGAGGAUGAUGCUCGAGAAGGAGCGAUUGGUCUCCGACAAGAAGAAGCGUCGUGUCACGGUGAAGUCAGAGGAAGGGGCAGAGGAGGAGGAGAGGGUCUUUGGUGUGGUUUCACCGUCGCCUUCCCCGCCGGAGAAUUCAAUAGGAUGGGUUGUUCCCAUGCAGAGGCAGGGGACGUUUGGUAGUUACUACAACGAGACGGGUAUGGUGGCGAACUCGAUGAGGUCCACUUCGUCGAAGUCAUCAUCGUUGACGUCGACGUUGUCGUUGCCGGAGAGCGUAAACGGAGGAUGUGGGAGUGUUCAGGGGGAGACAAGGGACAAAAAAGCGGCGACGUUUGGAGGAGUGGUGGAGUCAAAUCCACAAACACCGCCUUAUCCGUUUUCUUUAUUUCGAGGUGGCUUUUAGAUCUAUUAGCUUCACAUGAAAUAUGAUCUUUGGUUCUUCUUUAUGUUACUAUUUGUUAUCAUUUUUCUUAAACUAUUUGUAAUGUAUAACCAACCAAUAAUAAAUAGGACAGAUCGAUAGUUGUUAGUUUCGUGAGUAUCAGGACAGGGAGACUGUGUCAGUAGUCAUAUCGUUUUAUAGAAAGUUGACAGUAUUUUUGCAGAUUAUACUGUUAAAAAGUUCAUAUGUUGACAUUGUUUUUUCUUAUUGUCUUUUAAGCGGGUUUGUAAUUCACAAUUUGUAAUAACAACAAUUUUGAUCUUCAA